GUGAGAGUCAGAAUGUGGUCGCAUUGAGUUAAUACCUUUUCAGCAUUUCCCAUUUUUUUUGUGCUCGUAGAAAACUGUGAGCCAUCGGAGUUGACUAGUCAAUUGUCGUGGUUUUUUGUCAAUAUGGAAGUUUACAAGGUUCUUGAAAGAAAAUAGAUGAGAACACCAAAGUAUGCAAGAAAUGGCUGACCCUCUAUUUCAGCAUUGGUUUCAUGGGCGCAUAAGCCGUAUAGAAGCUGAAGAGCUUCUGGCACGAAAUGGAAAAAGCAAUGGGUUAUUUCUGUUGCGUGAAAGCACUGCAUCAGCAGGAAGCUACGCUCUUUCCAUGUGUCAUAAUGGCAAGAUUAUUCAUUAUCACAUUCAGCGACAUGCUGAUGGUAUGGUGGCUAUCGAAGAUGGAAAGAAAUUCCCGGGACCAGUUGAACUUGUGUAUCAUCAUCAACAUGCUCUUGAUGGACUGUUGACAAAGCUUGCCGACCCUUGUAAUCGUCUUCCUGGGGUACCACCUAGAACAUUUUCUGGUACCAAUCAAGAGCACAUAAAGGAUGCAGCUGUUGCAGCAAUGACAUCUAUGGGCCUACAGGAUGGAGAUGAAAGCACAGCAACUCUAAUGAGAGCCAAGCUGGAGAGUGCUAUAGGCUCUGUUCUGCACAAGAAUCAAGUCUGGUUUCACACAGGAAUUUCACGUGAAGAAGCUGAAAGGAGGCUUAACGUGUUAGGUUGUCAGAAUGGAAUGUUCCUUAUACGUGAAAAAGACCCUGGCUUUGUACUUGGUCUCUGCCAUGAAGGCUCUGUGGUUCACUAUUUGUUUGAUGUCGACCAUAAUCAAAGGUUGUCAAUCAAAUCUGGUCCUAAGUUUGACAACCUGAUGUUGGCUGUUGACCAUUAUACCCAGAGAGAGGAUGGCCUCCUAUGUAAGCUGCGAGACCCAUGUAAUGUUGAAUUGUUUGAAGGAAAGCUGAGAAGGACAUCUGUUGGAACUCGCCCUCGCAGUGUUGUUGAUCAAGAUUUAAGAACUGCUGCUACAAAUAGACCACCAAGUAGGUCAUUUAAUGAGACCAAUCCAUUUGCCUCAAACCCAUUCCUGCAAGGGGCCGCCACUGCCAGUGUUCCAGACAUACUACAUGGAGUUCCCAGUUCUCCACCAAGAAAUCCACCUCCACCAAUUCCUGGUUUUUCUUCUACAGCUUCAAACAGAAUGUCAGGCCCCCCACGCCUACCUCCAAGACCCAUCCCACACUCACCUGUCAGUCCAGGGAGGGGUCCGCCCCCACUGCCAAGCCCAACUCCUGCGACUGCUGGCGCCACGGGUGGACAUUCAGCAACAGGUGCAAGUGCUUCCAGGGGUGCAACAUUCGAGUCCAUUUAUGACAGCGUCAAAAUGAAGAAAAGCUCUUUUUACUUCAAUCAGUUCAAAGAUGUUCAAACCCGAAAACUGAGGAGUGAAAAUUUGAAACUGGAACAAGAACUGGGUCAUGGCAACUUUGGUUCUGUUCUCAAGGGAGAAUACACCAAGGGGAAUGGGGAAAAGAUUCCAGUAGCUGUCAAGAAACUUAAAUCUGAAGAAAUGAAUAAUCCAAAGUCUGAAAUUUUCCAUGAAGCUGAAGUUAUGAUGAAGUUGGACCAUCCCAAUAUCGUCAGGAUAAUAGGAAUUUGCCAAGAUCCCGUUGUGAUGUUAGUUAUGGAACUUGCUCCAGAAGGGCCUCUCCACAAAUACCUCAAGAAACACAAGUCUCUACCAAUGUUCAAGAUUUUUAUCAUUAUGUUGCAAGUUGCCGAGGGAAUGCAGUAUCUUGAAAACAUGCAGUUUGUACACAGGGAUCUUGCCGCCAGAAAUAUCUUAGUUGUAAAUGAGGACUUUGUCAAAAUCAGUGACUUUGGAAUGUCACGUGCCAUGGGGGCUGGAAGUGACUACUAUAAGGCUGGCAAGGCAGGAAAGUGGCCUCUAAAGUGGUACGCUCCCGAGUGUAUUUACUACCGGAAGUUUAGCAGCAAGAGUGACGUGUGGAGUUACGGUGUCACGUUAUGGGAAGCCACGUCAUAUGGCAAGAAACCUUAUGAGGGUCUCAACGGACAGUUAAUUCUGGAGAAAAUUGAGGAAAAUUACAGACUGGAAUGUCCUCCGAAUGUACCGUCCGUCAUCUACAAAGUGAUGAGGAGUUGUUGGCAAUACAGGUAAACAAAAAACAAUUAGAACAGGUUAGGGCCGACGUGCGCUCGCCUGUAUGAUAUUUUCGAGCCUUUGUUUUAUAUCAUUUUACAUUUUAAAUAUAUUUGAUAUCUUUUAAGCUUUGUUAUCUUACUAAGUUCGUAUGUUUCAUUUACUUAUUUAUUUACUAGUGUCCCCAGUUAGGUUUUUUCAGCUAAAUGCUAUUGACACUUGACAUUCAUUCUUUCAGUCAUUCACAUAAGACUAUGAUCAAGACAUCUAGAUUGAUGUACAGUGUAAAUGUAGUUUCAAGCUGGAACAUUCUCAGCCCUACUCGACUACCCUUUGGCAAGAAAGCGUUUUUUUCGUUUCUUUCCUCUUAUUUAUUUUUGUUUUGGUCCUCUUUCUCCCUAUCGAACAUACUGUGAGUCUUUGAAUCAAAUAUUGCUACAAAAACCUAAGCUGAAUUCCCACUUUUUUAGUCGUAACUUCGCGCUAGAUGCCAGUGUUAUUUCGAGCACAGACUGCGGGAGAGGGCGAACGAGAGAGCUAACGAGCGAGCGAACGGACAGACGGACCAACCUCGUUCCCAGGCUCUCUCUUCUCUGCCUUCCUUGGUCGUUGGAAGAAAGCCCCUGGUUGCGGCUGGACACGUGACCACCAAGAAUCUGGGCGGUAAAAGUGUCUGCUGGGCGGGAGGGGUGGUAGAGGGUUCUGAUUGUUGCUGUGGCAAGCUUUGUGGGUUUCGAAACCUCGAGCAGUCGCUAAAAACUACCCGCUUUACCGGGGUUUGGUGUGGCAUUUUGCCGAUGAAGAAUGCUACAUUAUUUCUGCCGCCUCCAAAAUAUAGAAGACUUUCGUUCACAAAGAAAUUCGGCAGUCGAAUGGAGCUCAAACUUUUUGCCGGCUAGCACAUGUAAAACAUGUACGGAAUCGAAGUGAAACCAGUGGGUCAGUCUCUUGAAUCUUAAAGUUCGGAAGUAAUUUACUUUCUUCUUUGUGCGGUAUUUUGAUUGUUGAAAAGUAUUUCUGUCACACGGCCGAUUAGCCGAGUAUUCUGACUUUUGAUUUACAGCAAUGUAAAAUGACUUAGCUUAAGCUUAUAUUUCAUUAUAUUUGCAUCAGGUUUAUGUAAGUGUAUAUUUAGACAGAUGUUUAAACACGGUUGCUUGGCAUAGUCAAGAAUUAUAUUUUGCAAAAUGGUAAAUAAAACACCGCUUUAUGUGGUGAACAAUGUGCCGCGAGGUUUAUUCAGGCAACAUAAAACAGCGAAACAGUUUUACGUCUAAGUAGUCCGGCUGGAAUUGAAAUCAGAGUGAUACUUCAAUACGCUGGCUAUAUUUGAUUGAAUCGUCAAAGAAGAAGUUACCCUA